ACCUCCGUUGAAUCUGACGCUCCGCCAAUGGCUGCCUGGGCAGAGGAGAGGGGUUGGACCGGAUUCUGAGACAUUCCCGUACCUCGGUUGGUGGAGCAGGUGCCCACCCCCAGGCCGCGAGCCAUGGACGACAAGAGGAAGAUCCCAAUCAUCGAGUGGCAGGACCUGGACAAACGCAAGUUCUACGUCUUCGGGGUCUUGAUGACCAUGGCCAUCCGGAUCAGCGUGUACCCCUUCACCCUGAUCCGGACCCGCCUGCAGGUGCAGAGGGGCAAGAGCCUGUACACGGGCACCUUCGACGCCUUUGCCAAGAUCGUGCGGGCGGAGGGCAUCUCGGGGCUGUACCGCGGCUUCCUGGUCAACACCUUCACUCUGGUGUCGGGCCAGUGCUACGUCACCACCUACGAGCUGACCCGCCAGUACGUGUCGCGGUACAGUGAGAGCAACACGGUGAAAUCGCUCAUCGCUGGCGGCUCGGCGUCACUGGUGGCACAGAGCAUCACGGUGCCCAUCGACAUCCUCUCACAGCACCUGAUGGUGCAGGGCCAAGCCAUGGGCCGCUUCCGAGAGACUUCCCGGGGGCGUGCGGCGGGCACCAUGGGCAGGGCCAAGGACGUGGUGGUGGAGAUUCUCCGACUCGACGGCCCAAGGGGUUUCUAUCGUGGCUAUGCUGCCUCGCUCUUGACCUACAUCCCCAACAGCGCUCUCUGGUGGCCAUUCUACCACCUGUACACAGCUUUCCUACGUGACUCCCAGUUUCUGCCCCCACCUGCUGGUCCAGGCGGUGGCCGGACCCCUAGCAGCUGCUACUUCCUCCACCCUCACCAAUCCAAUGGACGUCAUCCGGGCUAGAGU